AUGCAGCCCCAUCAGCCGCUGCAACGGCAACCCAGUGAUUUCUCACAGCAACGAGGCUGCAAACAGAAUCUGAACAGGAUUAAGUGCUAUUCGUUUCCCAGGGAGGUGAUCGAUCCUGAGAAGUGUAAAGACCGAUGUCCCCCACCCCCCACCUCCACAGACAAGCCAGCUGCCUCGUUCGCGGCCCCGGCCGCCGGCUUCCACGGGGACCGCAACGGGGGCGCGCGCGGGCGGACGCCCGGCCGGACGGCGCGGCGCGUGGGGCUGGCGCGCCCCCCUCGCCCAGCAACCUGCAGAGCCCACGCGCGCUGCCUGUCCGGGAAGGCGCGGCGCCCUCGCCCGUGCUUCCUCACCCCAAAUCAUCCCCUUGAAGGACGCCGCCGCCCCUCCCCGGAGCCCCCAUGCUGUGCUCCACGCUGGGAUCGGCUCCCUCUCCGCGGCCCGCGCCCGGGAUGGAGCCGGAUUCCUUCUCCAGCCUCUCAGCGGGGCCCUGGACGCGCGACCCUGAGCCACGGCACCUCGGCGGGACCGGCGCAGUCCUCACCAUGCCCCCACCUCUCCCGGCUCCGACCAGACGUGGCCCCGGCUCCCGGGAAGGGAGUUACGGGGGACCAAAGCGGAGCGGGGAAGCGGGAAUCCGGCCUGGAGCAACAGGACCCGGACCUCGAGGCGGGAAUGGGGUCCGGUAGAGAAGAGGAGGAGAGGAAAGACGUAGCCGCAGAAAAUCCCAAAGCCGGUCGCCCUCCCCCACGGUGGGACCGUCCCGCCACCGCUUCCUGCCAGGGAUCAGCUUCCCAGCUGCAGCCAGAGGAAAAAUCCGAGCCGCCCCUGCAGCUCCGCAGAGACCAGCCUCUCGGCCCGGGUUCCCCCGGCCCGGGCCCGCCAUUCUGCAGCCCCGCAAGCCUCCUUACCCGGACACUGCACCUCCAGGGCUCGCUCGCUGCGGGAACUGGUCCCGCUCCAGCCCCUGCCGCCGGGCCGCCGCAACCGCCUCCUCCCUCCGCUCGGUUUCAAAUUGAAAUUCCCUGGCUGGGGCCGUCAGAGGACUCGGAGCGCCAGCCCCGCCCCCUCGCGGCGGAAGCCCCUCCUGCGCCCCCGCCGGACGCGCCCCCGGCGCGGAAACCCCCGCGGGCCUCGCCACGCCCCCGCCCCCAGGCCACACCCCCGGGGCGGCCCUUCCCGCGGGAUUCGCCGCGCGGUGGCCCGGGUACCAGGGCUGGAAAGACGCGUCUCGCCAGCAGAGCUGCCCUGGUUAAUGACGGCUAA